AUGACCCUGGACACAGUGGUCAGCAGCCUGCACCACACCACCCAUCCUCUGGAUUGCAAAGUCCUGUUCAUGGACACCUGUGGAGACAAGGCUGGGCCUGUCCCAGGCACUGGGGAGGCAGCCUCUAUCCGUCGUCCACCCCGGCCACCCAUCAGAGUCCUGAAACAAGUGAGGGCGGGGUCUGGGGCUCGGGGAGGGGGCCGGCCUCUGAGAGGCGAGGCCUGCUGCUCCCGAGAGGCGGAGCCCAGGUGGGCGGGGUUCGGGGGCGGGGAAAAUGAUUCUGGACAUCCCAAGCCCCCGGCGUCGGCGGGAAGGAUAGGGGCCUCUGCGCCCCUUCCCGGACCCGAGUGCAAUCCGUUCAUAAAUAAAACGUACAAAUACAGAAAGAAAACCCGACGCAUCCGCAACCCCCCUAGGGGGCUUUACCCGCAAAGCGAAUACAGAGAGAGCCUGGGAAGCUGGGCUGGAAGAAUUCGGAUUUGGCAGAGGAUGAGAGACGAGGGUAGGAAAGCGGCUCGGACUGAGGCCCCGGAAGGAACCCAAGGGAGAGAGGUGCCGCCGUCCGCCCCAGUCCCCGAUCGGCACGCGUCUAACACUCCAAGGGCUCAGCGGACACCGAGGAGGAGGCGCAGGCACCCUGAGGUCGAGGUCACUGUGUCCCACGAUGGGGUCCAGCCCACCAGGGAGAAGCUCGGAAAGGACAGUUGGAGAUACUAACGCUUUUGGAAAGUUGCAGCCCCUUCCCCUCGGGCCACCAUGAGUCUUCCACUGGGGCCUUUCUGCGGAAGAGGAGACCGGGGUCUCAGUGGCAGACCCAGUGGUUCCGAGCACUCCAGCAUCCCAGGUGUGUGCACGCACUGCACCCCGAGGAGCCUCUCAGCCUGAAGGUCUCAGUUGCCCCAUCCUGCUUCACAUUGCAGCAGCAGCUCCUCAUCCAUGUCAGAUGGGAAGGAUUUGGUGUUGGUUCUGUGUUUCUCUGCCUGCCUCUGCUUCUAGGUGUGUGCGGCCUGGCAGGUCCCAGGUAACCAAAAAGUCAGACUUUAGGGGGAGACUCGCAGGUAUUUUACUACACAAGAAAUGAGGCUUCACCA